GUAGGUGGCAGUGAUGUCCCUUUUGUUCGUUUUCAAUCCAACUGAGCAUCCAAAGAAAAUGAAGAAGUCGAGGAGGAGGAAAGGAUAACUGGAGAGAUAAAUAAUGGCUGAAUUUGAAAAAGAGGUUGCUGUCCUGGUUCAAAGAGUUGUAAGGGAUAUCUCAAAUGCAUUUAAGAAAAACCCAAAUAUUGAUGAAAUCGGCAUCAUUCCUUGUCCAGAACCACGCUACAACCGCAGCCCUAUUGUGUUGAUUGAGACCAAGCUGGGCUUGGAGAGUUGGUGUGUGAAGUUCCUGCUCCCUUCCCUUCACAGAAAACUGCUUCUCUACCGACAGCGCAAGAACUAUCUGGAUAGAGAAGCCCUCGUGGAUGUCACUGUUACACUUCUGUUACUCAACCCAGAUUUUACAACUGCAUGGAAUAUCAGAAAGGAGCUGCUCCAAUGUGGUGUACUUAACCCAGAGAAGGACCUCUACCUUGGCAAGCUUGCCCUUACAAGGUUUCCAAAGAGCCCUGAGACAUGGAUUCACAGACGCUGGGUGAUUCUGCAGUUCCUUCAGCAGUGUUGUGCACAAAAGGGCUGUAGGAAGGAGCAGUGUGAGGGCUAUCUGUGCCAUACUGAAGCCAUGGGAAGCAGCCAAAACCUUUGCACGCAUCAAGCAAAACUCCUUCACCAAGAGAUGAGCGUGUGUUCUGAGGCAGCCGGCCGCUACCCCAGCAAUUAUAAUGCCUGGUCCCAUCGUAUCUGGGUGCUGCAGCACAUAGCAAAAGACAACGUUGAGGUUUUCCUCGAGGAGUUCUCCUCCAUGCGUCGAUGGGUUUCUAUGCACGUCUCAGACCACAGCGGCUUCCACUAUCGGCAGUUCCUGCUUCAGGCACUUUUAACGGAGCUCUGCAAAGCCCCCCACACGUCCACCGCAGCUACCACUCUCUAUCAACAAGGCACUACAACGACCAGCCCGAGUGCCCGCCUCACGGAAACCAGGGCGGCAUUCGGGUUGGACCCAUCCAGUACAGAGAGGCAGCUGGGCGGCGGGACGAUAGCACAGCUGUUUGACCUGGAGAUGGAGUUCUGUUCAGAGCUCAUCCACUCCUACCCCGGCCAUGAGGCUCUUUGGUGUCACAGGAGGCAGGUGGUCUUUUUGUGGCACAAAUGGAGACGGGACCAUCCACAUUUCCCCUGCAACAGCAAUGAAGGCAAUUGGUUACAUUUGAGUAUUUCGAAGGAUAAUGGACAGGCGUUCAGCAGCGUUGAAGGGAGCAUCAACGGACUGCCGUGUGGUGAUGCCAUGGAGGUAGACGGGCCACCAGACCCAUGUAAUGCCAAGCAACUCAAGGGAGGUCCUCUGAUGUCCGGCUCUCUGGCCCUCACAGCUGAGCACAGCUUUGUUUCCAUUCUACUUGAUGACUGUGGCCACUCGGAGCAGAGACGCUUUGCCCUCGCAUACAGGAAGUGGUUGGGUCAUAUCAGUCGUCAGUAGUCUUGAAAAACAGUUAACACCGACCCCUCCAGGUUCUUUAAGAUAUAUCUUUAGACACAGAUUAAAUGUACUCUAUACUUUGGUGCUUCCCUCUUUCCAUAUGAUGAUAAAUAAAGGGAUGACCCUAAAUAGGUAUUUUCUUUGAUAUUUCUAGUCGAAGGUGCCUGUCACUUUCCCACCCUCACACCGUACUGGAACCUAUGGUCAUGCUUUAUCACGUGUUUGCCACUUCCAACUAAAUGCCGGGUUGUUGGUUUUAGCUCUGAGUCUGCACUAGGAACUAAGUAUAACCAAUAAUGCCACAUUGGUGGAGCUAUGCAAAACUAUUCAACACUUGUCAGGAGUCCUAUGUUACAAUAUGACACAACCAGUUUUUAAACACCACAACAAUAUUGGUUCACGUGAGAAAGUUCCUCCCAUGGAUGAAUAAAGUAUGUCUUCCGUUUAAAAAGCUCAUAUUGUCAAUAUUCCAUGAUAUGAUGAUAAUAAAAAUAUAAAUGAAAUGGUUCUCAUUGGGGUAAAGGAACUUAAUGCGACCGUACUAUGUUAAGUAAAAGGGUGUGAGUUUAUGAUGAAUCAAAUUAGCUCACUACAGGGGAACCUUCUCGUUACCAGAAGAGCUAAUAGUCUUGUUAAAUAUUGAGUGAAGAAAUAUGGUCAGAGUAAAUUGGCCAUGACCAUUUAGGCCAGAAAGAUGAUACUUGUCAUAUUUCCAUUAACUGGCAUUUCAUUAUCGAUGAUUGUAGAUUAUGGUUAAUGGAUACAAGAUUUUCAGUUUGGUCAUUCUUUCUAGACGAUCGGCUGAGUUAGCGGAGCCCCAUGUUGGUCAGCCUGGACCAUCUCAUGAGGAUACACUCAUGAGGGAAUCUGAACAGAUCACAGCAGAAAAACGCAUCAGAGGCAGAAUUCAAAAACGGACACCAAUUUCAGGAAAUCAGACAACACGUGCACCACAGACACACACUCAGUCUAUUUAUAUUUGGUAAUGUUCUCACUACUUAUUUUAGUAUGUUUGAUUAACUUGUAUUUUUAAAUUGACAUGGAAAUUUAGUUUUGAUUCUACUUAUAAAAGACCCGA